CCUCACCCUCAGUGUUUCGGCGCACUGUAUGCACGGCCACACUGGGCGCUAUCGAUUUAUUUUUGUUAAAAAGACAAUUAAUCCCCAAAGUUGUCGCGAAACUACUCGCGCCCAGCGCUUCAGAUCGGAGGCCCCACUUCGCUGCCUGCCCAAGCACACGGACUAUAAACCCGAUACCUCAAUCAGUUCAAUCAAAUCAAGCAGGAGGCAGCAGCACAACAACAUCGCAAGCUCGCCACGUCAGUGGGAGUGAGCGAGAGCGCGAUUACGAAGCGCACGGGCCUCGGCAAGGGAGAGAGAAAGAGGAGGAACAUGUUUAGUAACAUCAAGGAGCGUUUUAUAUCGGCCAUCGCGCCGGACCUGCCGCCCUUGCCAGGGCCAGGCGAGCGGCGGAUUGGUGCCGGAAGCGGCCACCUGCACAACUCCCCGCACCAGCGCCUUCGCUUUGGUGGCUCCGGCGGUCAGCCGAUGCCGGAUAAGUUCCCCUACGCCCGGCCUCCCUUUCUGCAGCUCCUCACCCCGGACGAACUGCGCGCCUCGGCGGACCACAAUGUGCGGCCCAUCAUCGUUCCGCGGGACAUCAACCUGCUGCCCUGGGGCACCGGAUACGCCGAGUGCGUGAACUCCGGCAAAUCCGAGUGGAACGAGGACCAGGGCGCCUUCUGUCGGCAAGUUCUCUCGGAUCCUGAACACAAGCACCCAGAUCUUCCGUACACAUACUUCGGAAUUUUUGAUGGACACGCCGGAUAUGGAGCCGCACUGGCGGCCUCGCACCAGUUUCAUCACAUCCUGCACGAAAAGCUAGUAGACUGCCUUGAGCUGCUCCUGCCACGGGAUGCGGACUCCGCCAGUGGCGGAGGGGAUGGCAUUCAAGUGAAUCCUACAUUCCCGCACCCCAUCUACUUCCAGCGCCGGGUGACCAAGGACGAACUUAUCAUCGGUGCUCUGGAAAGUGCCUUCUUCAACAUGGACUCGCUGAUAGCGCAGGACAACGAUCGUUAUCGAGAUGCCGGCGGCUGCACCGCCUGCGUUUCAUUGUUUAUUGAUGGCAAGAUGUAUGUGGCCAAUGCCGGCGACUCUAGAGCUGUGCUCUGCCAGCGCCGUGCCACUUCUGAUAGGCAACAAACAAGUACGAGCUCUGGUAUUGAACCGGAUCCACUAGAAGCCAGCUGCUAUCCAGUGCCGUUCUCGGCUGAUCACACGCCCGAAACCGAGCGCGAACGUCUGCUGAAUGUAGCUAGAUUGAAGCCGCACCUUAUGGGUCAACAUUAUGUGGCAAUGGAGUACGCCAAACGGCCGCACAUCAAGGACAUGGGCCAGCGCAUUCUCUGCCGACAGGGCACAAUGCGUGGCUGGACUUACAAGACGCUGACCCGGGAGGAUCUCCGCAUGCCGGUGGUGAAUGGCGAGGGCAAGAGAAGCCGCUUGCUGGGCACACUAGGAGUGACGCGUGGUUUCGGCGAUCACGAUCUGCUGGCCAUUAACACGGGUAUACAGAUAAAACCCUUCCUCACGCCCCAUCCCGAUGUGAGGCAGCGAGAUCUUACGCAGGUGGUUUGCAUUUCGGAUGACGACAACCGGGAUGGCGAUUACGGCGUGCUCGUCAUGGCCACCGAUGGCCUGUGGGAUGUUUCCGAGAACGAGAGCGUUGCACGCAUUGUCUUCCAGACGCUCUCCAAAUAUCCUACGGAGAAGCAUCGCUAUACGAUGGUCGCCCAGGAGCUGGUGGCUCGUGCUCGGGGAAAAAUCAACGACUCCGGGCACUGGCGUCUCGCCGACAGCAAGGCAGCAGCCACUGUUGACGAUAUCUCAGUGAUUGUCAUUCCGGUUAGCCAGUAUUACAAGGAGCAUGUAGAGUGGACGCAGAACUACAAACGGGAUCUCGAGCACCGACGCCGCCAAGCACAGGCCAACAUGGCCCAGGAGGCGGUCGCCGUCCUCAAUGGCGUAGUGGCCGAGGAAGCUCACGUUGUCGAGGAGGAGGAGGAGGGCGAGGUGGUUGUGCACGAGGCAAGGUCUUCUCAGAAGCCUCAACAGGUGGAGGAGUCGGUCGACGAGACCCUGGUGGUUGAACUGAGCCCCACGCUGGAGCAAGUGCAGCUUAAAGACAAGGAUGUUGCAGCGUCCGACACGGUUCAGGAGAAGGAUGAUGAUAAGGACAAAGAGGCGUCGCGGCAGCAACUCCAAAAACAGCUCCAAAAGGGUCGCAAGGGCAAGAGCAAGCACUAGGACAAACGUCCUGCCACACAGCCGAUAUAGCUAUAGCCGAAAGUUAUUGGGACAUCUAUAUAUUUUUACACUCAACACACAAGAACAAAUUCCACACAUUUAAAGUUUCUACAUAAUUUGCUUAUGUACAAACAGAAAAGCGAGUAAACUUAAUUGCAAUGUACAAUAAUUUUCUGAAGUUAAGUGUAUUUAUUUUGAUCCAAAACAGUUAAUGAAUGAACAAAGCGGCGAGCAAUGGCCUGCAUUUUUCAAAUAACGCAAACUUAAACCUUAUGAUUCCAAUUAUACGAAAUUAAAAGUAUUCUAAGCUACGUAUAGCAUAAACGAAACGAUAAAGAAAAAUAAAUUAACAAUAAUUGUUAAACAUAAACUAGAAAGAUAGUUAUUGUGAUGUCUAUUAUUAUACUAUGUCUUAUCGAAAAAGACGAUAUACAACUACAGAACCAUA